AUGGUUGUGGUGGUUGACAGCAAAAGCACACCAGUGGGUCUUAUAGUGCGAUUUUCUGUACUUGACCCAACCAACUUCUUCAUGUGCAGUGGGCCACACUUCGAGAAAUUAAAACACACUUUAGGCCCCUCUAUUUGUGUAAUGGGCAUUUGCUCUGCUGCUAGAACACUCCUCACUCUAGAGGACCGUGUGAACUUGCAUGUUGGCACUGUUGUUGGUGGAUAUGGCGGUGGUGGAGGAAGUGGCGGCGGCGGCGGAGGAGGAAGUGCUGGGGUAGAGCACGGUGCUGGUGGCCACGGAGAAGGAGCUGGAGGAGGUGAAGGUGCCGGUGCUGGAUAUGGGGCUGCAGGUGGUGGACACGGUGGUGGUGGAGGAAACGGAGGCGGUGGUGGCGGUGGUGCUGAUGGAGGUGGAUAUGGAGGAGGGGCUGGUAAGGGUGGUGGUGAAGGAUAUGGUGGAGGUGGAGCAAAUGGGGGUGGUUAUGGUGGUGGAGGUGGAGGUGGAAGUGGAGGAGGAGGAGGAGGUGGUGCAGGGGGUGCUGGUGGUGGUUAUGGAGGCGGGGAAGGGAGUGGGGCUGGUGGUGGCUACGGUGGAGCGAAUGGUGGAGGAGGAGGUGGUGGAAGUGGCGGGGGUGGUGGAGGAGGUGCUGGCGGAGCAAGUGGAGGAGGAUAUGGUGGUGGUGAGGGAGCUGGACAAGGAGCUGGUGGAGGAUAUGGUGGUGGAGCAGCUGGUGGGGGUGGGGGUGGCUCUGGUGGUGGUGGCGGUGGAGGCUAUGGUGGUGGAGGUGCACGUGGGGGUGGAUAUGGAGGUGGUGGUGGGAGUGGCGAAGGUGGUGGCCACGGUGGUGGAUACUACCCCUAA